CAUGAGACGCGAGUAGGAGCAGUAUACAGAGUAGUUGUCUCCGAUGGGCGGCAAGGGAAAAGGAUUAGCCAUGUCGUCUUUGAUCAGAAACGUGAUCAGCACCGCGAAAGCCCCAGCGGCCAUUGGUCCCUACAGUCAGGCUGUGUUAGUUGACAGGACCAUUUACAUUUCAGGACAGCUAGGCAUGGAUCCUGCAAGUGGACAGCUUGUGCCAGGAGGGGUGGCAGAGGCUAAACAAGCUCUUCCAAACAUGGGUGAAAUUCUGAAAGCAGCAGGCUGUGACUUCACGAAUGUGGCAAAAACAGCUGUUUUGCUGGCUGACAUAAAUGACUUCAAUACUGUCAAUGACAUCUACAAACAAUAUUUCAAGAGUAGUUUUCCUGCAAGAGCUGCUUACCAGGUUGCUGCUUUGCCCAAAGGAGGCUGUGUUGAGAUUGAAGCAGUAGCUGUCCGAGGACCUCGUGACAGCGUCACUCUAAGUGGGCCCAGUGUUAUUUAGUCUGGAAUUUUAAUAAUGUUUUUAAAUUUAUGUCUUAACUUUUACAGUCUUUGUUGGAAAGUGUAAGAUUGACUGAAAUAUCUGAAGUUAUUAUGAAAAUACCAUAUAUAAUAAGGGGAAUUGAACAUGAGUUGAAGAUUAAUGAUGAAUCUAGUUACUGAAGUUAUAAAUUACACUUCUAUAGCACUCAUAUUACUGGAUGUGGGAAAAGAGGCAUGCAUUACAUAGUUACUCAGAAAAAUAAAAGUAAAGG